AUGAGUAAUGAAUCACUUAGUGAAGGAGAACUUACUAAAAAAUACCCCAAACUAACAAAAUUAUUAAAAACCUUAGGAAUAAAUAUCUUAAAAGAUCAUCCAAACUCUCUUGCAAAUAAUAUCACAAUACUGAAACUAGAGAAUUGUUAUAAAUAUAAUGAAGAAAUUUUGUUAAAUCCACCCAAAGUAUUUAUCAUGCUUAUAUGUGAUUAUAUACUUCAUUAUAACUGUCUUGAAAAAAGUAAUAUAGAUAAACAAAAAACUUGUCUCAUUUGUUUUAUAGAUAAUGAAGGAACAGCAUCAACUGAAGUUCAGAACAUAGAUAUGUCAAAAACAGUAGAAGAUGAAGGUGAAAAAACCUCUAAUCUAAUGGGGACAAUAAGUAAGUUAUCCAUAGAUGGUGGUAAAACUAUCUCACGAAGUGAAAUAAAAUCCAUGGAACCUAAUAAAGUACAAGGUUUAAUAAAAGAACUAUCUAUGCCAAGUGAGUUGAUUGAUGAUAAUAAUAGAGGAAAUAAGAACAAAGAAUCAAAACCAAUAACUUUAUUCCAGUUAUACAAUAAUGCAAGCCAGGCAAAAAAUGUGUACAAUAAUCAACAAGCUAGAGGGUUAGUAUAUGAUGAAGUUUCAACCAAUCUUCUGGGAUUUACAAGAGAUAGUUUGCAUAAAAAAACUGCAAAGACUAGAAAUAUCUACAAGUUGUUUGAAGAAAGUUAUAACCCUGAUACCAAAAAAAUAGUUAAGAGGAUAGGAAUUGAAAAAAUUAAGAGAAUUCGAACAUAUA